GUUCUUUCAAUAUGACAGCAAUUCUACUACCAAUUGGAAUCGCCCUGCUCGUCGCAGUUCAGGCUAGGGAUUACGGAGUUCCUUACUACCCAGCACCGCACUAUUUCGAGCACCAGCAGCCAUAUGAUUUACCGUGUCCGCCGUCGGGUCCCGAGAGUCUGGUUUGUGCCGGUGCUCCCGGUACUCAGCCAUCCACCUUUCCCAGUCCCUGCGAGGUCCAACGUUUCAGAGCCCUGACAGGCAUAAACUGGGAGAUCAUCCAUGAGAAUAGGUGCGAAACUUUCGAAGUCUGCCCGGAUAACUGCCAGGAUCAGUACAAUCCCAUUUGCGGAAAGUACAAGGAUGCCAGGCGAAACUUCCGGAGUGAAUGCGAGCUGCAGCUGGUCAAGUGCCGCACAGGACAUCCUUGGAGAAAGCAGCACGAUGGCCCCUGUGAAAGUAGAUAUCCAGUCGCCCAAUCACCUCGCGCUCAAAACUACAAUCCCUAUGCGAUCAACCCAUACCAACCGAACUAUGGAUCUUCUGGACCGUACGCCUCCUACGGAGCAAUUGCACCUCCUCAAGGACCCUACAGAUCCCAAAGUCCUUAUGGAUCUCAAGGACCUUAUGGAUCUCAGCGAUCGGCUGGACCUUACGGACCCUACGGACCAUAUGGAUCGCAAUCUCAGCCUCAAGGUUAUCCACAAACGUCAUUUGUAUCCCCGAAACCCAACUAUGAGCCACCAGUUUAUCACCCAUAUGAGAUUUCCUGGGAAAACAUACCCACUGAGUCCGAUUACGCCAUUACCUCUAAACCUUAUACAAAUCCGACCUACGAAGAAACACCAACCGCUUCUCCCACCACUACUUCCACUUCCCCCACAACCACUUCCACCACAACUGCUUCCCCAACAACCACUUCUACCACAACAACACCUACUACUACAGAGGAGGAAGACACCACUGAGGCUCCAAGUGUAACUUCAAACCCUAGGCAGAAUAUAAAGGUAAAUGCCGUGAUCGAAGGACCAGCUAACAAAACCACCCAAAAACCCUCUACUACGGCUUCGCCAACUGAAGCCCCAACAACAGAGGCAGAACUACCCACGGAGCCCAGUUCCACAGAGUCCAGUGUCACUGCUCCUCCUUUGAAGAAAUACGCGACAACUGCUUCUCCACAGCAUGCAACAACCACAGCAAAGCCAUCAAAGCCUUCUAUUUCCAUAAACGCCGUAAAGGAAUCUCGACAGGAAGUUAAAGAGACCACUGAGCAGCAAACUAGCACAGAAUCAAGCACACCUAAAACCAAACCCAUCUAUCAAUCCCGCAACAUUUAUAAGGCACCCACAGUCUUCAGCUCUACUGAAAGUCCUGAGGGCGAAAAAACCACUCAAGAGUCUUUAGAUAAGGUCUUCAAAAUAAACGCAGUGAAAGUGAGUACCGAGAAGAAGCCUGAAGAGACCACUGAGGCGGAGACUACCUCAGCAUCUACCACUACCAAAGCGCCACCCACCUACCCAUCAUAUCCAACUUAUCAGUCCUCUAACGUCUACAAAACUUACCCAGUCUAUGGUUCUACUGAGGCUGAGGAUGAGGAAACUACACCAGAGUCUGUAGACAAGGUGAUUAAAAUAAAUGCAGUGGUAGUAAGUACUGAGAAGAAACCUGAAGAGACCACUGAGGCAAAGACUACCUCAGAAUCUAGCACUCCCAAAGCGGCACCGACAUACCCAUCAUAUCCAACAUAUCCAACCUCAAAUCUCUAUAAAACUUACCCAGUUUAUAACUCUACUAAAGCUCCUGAGAAUGAAGAAACCUCUCAAGAGCCUUUUGAAAAGGUUCUCAAAAUAAAUGCAGUUGAAGUAAGUACUGAGAAGAAACCUGAAGAGACCACUGAGGCGAACACUACCUCGGAACCUAGCACUCCAAGAGCGGCACCAACUUAUCCGUCAUAUCCAGCUUAUCCAUCCUCAAGUGUCUACAAAACUUACUCAGUCUACGGCUCUACUGAAGCUCCUCAGAUUGAAGAAACCACUCAAGAGUCUUUAGAUAAGAUUCUCAAAGUAAAUGCAGUGGAAGUAAGUACUGAGAAGAAGCCUGAAGAGACCACUGAGGCGAAGACCACCUCAGAAUCUAGCACUCCAAAAGCCGCACCGACCUACCCAUCAUAUCCAACUUAUCCAUCCACGAGUGAUUAUAAAACUUACCCAGUCUAUGGCUCUACUGAAGCUCCUAAAUAUGAAGAAACCACUCAACAGUCUUUAGAUAAGAUUCUCAAAGUAAAUGCAGUGGAAGUAAGUACCGAGAAGAAUCCUGAAGAGACCACUGAGGCGGAGACUACCUCGAAACCUAGCACUCCCAAAGCGGCACCGACUUACCCAUCAUAUCCAACUUAUCCAUACACAAGUGAUUCUAAAACUUAUCCAGUCUAUGGCUCUACUGAAGCUCCUGAAGUAGAACAAACCACUCAAGAGUCUUUAGAUAAGAUUCUUAAAGUUAAUGCAGUGGAAGUAAGUACUGAGAAGAAACCUGAAGAGACCACUGAGACAAAGACUACAGCAGAAUCUAGCACUCCCAAAGCGGAACCAACAUACCCAUCAUAUCCAACUUAUCCAUCCUCAUCAUAUGGGUCUACUGAAAGUCUGGAGGAUGAAGAAUCAGAGGAUGAUAAAACUACUGUAAGGUCUUUGGACAAAGCCAUAAAGAUUAACGCAGUCGCGGAGUCCCAAAACAAAACAUUGCCAGAACCCAGUCAAAACUCAACUUCUGCACCCACUGUUUCCGGGAAUACCACCUCUGCUAUAUUGCCAGAAGUGCAACAAGGACUUACAACGGAUGCACAGAAAGAGGCCAAUAGCACGGAGACUGAAUCAGGGGAAGUCCCGGAAAUCGUGAGGACAGAAAGUGUCAGUAAGAACGGAACGGUGGUAAAUUUGGAGGUGACCUGCAAACGAGAGUCCAAAAAGCUGAAACUGGAUACAUCAAGUUCCGACAACCGUAGCAAUCUAUACUUUAUAUUCUUGGGCUGCUAAACUAACUUUAUAAUCCAUAAUCCAACACCCAUAAUCCAUUUACCAUUUAAGUCAUUGUUGCUGUUUAUGUUAAUAGUAUAAAUUUUUUAAAUGAAAUUAUAUAUCGUUGUGUUUUGAAA